CGAUGUUUCUAUCGGCUUCCGUCCAGCUCUAGCAACGCCGAACAUAUGUUUCAAGUCUCUCUCAACUUUCGAACGCAGCGGAACGUCGAGCGCAUGAAAUCGGAAUUAUCGCCGGAAUAAACGUCGCCGCGUGUGAUCGAAAAUCCAAGUUAAGCACUGUCGUAGGGAAGCUGCGAGGUAAUCAAAGGCCAAUCGACGACCGCCCCCCGACCUCUUAGCCACGCUACGCGGCCGUGUGAUAACAAAGAUAAUGCAAUAAAGGGCAAGCAUAAGAAAAAGCUGCGAGAGAGCCAAGAAACGUGACCCAGGCAAAAAAAUUUUGUUUGUUUGUCUGGCUCUGCAUAUACAUGUACAUAGUAUAAACGUGCGUGAGAUUGUAUAUGCGCGUGUGUGUGAGCAGCCGUCGCGUUAGUAGUAGUAACACGCCAAACAACAACAAAUUAAUCUCUCGUUUUUUAUAAUAAUAAUUAAACAAAAUUACAAAAUUGUUUCCCUCUCGUUCGCUUGCUCGCUCGCUCUCUCUCACUCUCACACACACGCACGAAUAUUACCCCCGGCGCGUUGUUCUUCCUUCUCGCUCCCACGAAGGCGGAAGAGUUAAACAAAAAAAGUAAAAAAGAAAUUAUAAACGAAAAACUGCCACCGCCGCUGCUCAAUAAUUUGUGCAUUUUUUAAGUUCUUCACAAUGUCCUCAAAUCUAAUUUAAAUAAGUAAGAAGUGUAAAAAGCCACACGCAGCGAAACAAAUAGCGCUGAAUAGAGGAGCACGCCAAGCCAAACAGCAACAAAUGGCCAACAAUUGAAUGGCGGCCAUCAGUUGGCCCCAGCGGCAUCCAUUGAGCAAUCAACACCAUUUCUCCCACAUCAAAUCAAGCACCACUGCAAGCACCACCGCCACCUUAGCCACCUCAGCCACCACCGACGUCACCGCUUUGGGAACCAGAACCCGAACCACAAACCAAUACCCCGUCCAAACCACCACCACCACCACCACCAUCGCCACCAGCCACAUCCACAUCCACAGCCACAGCGGAGCAGAACCACAACCACUGUGCUCCAUCGGCAACAAAUACCAGAAGCGGGUGCAGCUGCUCGAGUUAUUUGGAAAACUUGCCGCGUAGUCCAUCAAUGAGCGUUUCGAUGUCACUGGUACAGGGUGGUGCUGCCGGUGGUGCGCCACAGGGCGCCAGCGCAAUCUUGGCCGCAGCGGCUCCCUACUAUCAGCCGCCGGCCGUUCCCCAGGAUGUCCAGCCGGAUCGUCCCAUCGGCUAUGGAGCAUUCGGAGUUGUCUGGGCCGUCACAGAUCCGCGGGAUGGACGACGCGUGGCCUUGAAGAAGCUGCCAAAUGUGUUCCAAUCGCUGGUCUCAUCGAAGCGCGUUUUCCGCGAGCUGAAAAUGCUGUGCUUCUUCAAGCAUGAGAAUGUUCUUUCAGCUCUGGACAUUCUACAGCCACCGCAUUUGGAUUUCUUUCAAGAAAUCUAUGUGAUAACGGAGCUGCUGCAAUCGGAUCUGCACAAGAUAAUCGUGUCGCCGCAGCACCUGUCCGCCGACCACAUCAAGGUGUUCCUCUACCAGAUCCUGCGCGGCCUCAAGUAUCUGCACUCGGCACGCAUCCUGCAUCGCGACAUCAAGCCGGGCAAUCUGCUGGUCAACUCGAAUUGUGUGCUCAAGAUCUGUGACUUCGGAUUGGCCCGCGUCGAGGAGCCGGAUCAGGCCAAGCACAUGACCCAGGAGGUGGUCACCCAGUACUAUCGCGCACCGGAGAUUCUGAUGGGCGCACGCCACUACUCGUCGGCGGUGGAUGUGUGGUCGGUGGGCUGCAUCUUCGGCGAGCUCUUGGGCCGUCGCAUCCUCUUCCAGGCACAGAACCCCGUGCAGCAGCUGGAGCUGAUCACCGAGCUGCUGGGCACGCCCACCAUGGAGGACAUGCGGCACGCCUGCGAGGGCGCCCGCACUCACAUGUUGCGCCGGGCGCCCAAGCCGCCCUCAUUCUCGGUGCUCUACACACUCAGCUCACAUGCCACGCACGAGGCGGUGCACCUGCUCUGCCAGAUGCUCGUCUUCGAUCCGGACAAGCGCAUCUCCGUGACAGAUGCCCUGGCGCAUCCGUAUCUGGAUGAGGGACGUCUGCGUUACCACUCGUGCAUGUGCAAGUGCUGCUUCACUACCUCAGCCGGAAUGCGUCAGUACACGGCUGAUUUUGAGCCCUCCGCCGGCCAGCCCUUCGAUGAUCUGUGGGAGCGCAAGCUGACAUCCGUGCAGCAGGUCAAAGAGGAGAUGCACAAGUUCAUUGCCGAGCAGCUGCAAACGGGUCGUGUGCCGCUGUGCAUCAAUCCACAGAGUGCUGCCUUCAAGAGUUUCGCCAGUUCGACUGUGGCACAUCCUUCGGAGCUUCCGCCCUCGCCUCAUCAAUGGGAAUGACGGCAAAAUGAGGCGAUUGCUGCCUAAAUUCGAAACAAAAGCAACACAGCCAAACGAUAGACCCUUGCCGCCGAGAAGAAGGAGGAUAGGAGUCGAUUCCCAGUCCAAAAACCCUCGAAAACCAACCCCAUCCAACUCAACCCAAUCCAGAGAUAACUCAGCCAGGAACAACUAUUGAAUAAUUUUUAAGCGCCAAACGGCUUUUGAGUGGGCGUUUGUCUGUUUGAAAGUUAAAGCAUUCCACCACCGAAAUUAACUAAAACAAAACAAACAAAUAUUUAAUAAUACUAUAGACAAACAAAUAUGUAACGUAACUCAACGGAAACUAGUCUAAACAACAAAACUGUAGUUAAAACAGCAGCAUCAUCGACGCAAAACAAGCGAGUUUAAAGAAAACGAAAAUGUUAAAAAACAAAAAAAGCAAAAAAUUAACGAGAAAGUGAGGGAGCAGCAGCAGUAGAAUCUACGCACUAAAAACAAAGCGUAUUAACAAAUAACUAUAAUUUUUUGGCAACAAAGCAGACAUUUUGUUGUGCUUGACAUGAAUUGGAAACGAAAAUUCAAUUAAAAUGAAAAAAAACAAAAGAAUCGUUUUAUCGUUUUAUGUUAAGCUCCUAUUAAAACUAUGUAUAUGUAAAUUAAUUAGCAACACACACAGACAUCGUAUUCAUUAUAUACAAGUAUGCUUAACUCUUAAAUAUAUCGAUAUAUAUAUUUAAAGUAAAAUAGUUACAAAAUGCACACAAAUCCAACAUUUGUUUGCCAAAAUUUACCUCAAGCGAUAGUCCUUUUCGUCCGCAAAAAAGGACCGAUUCAUUUUCUGUUAGCUUACGACAAAAACAUGUAAUAAUGCAAUGUGUAGCUACAGUUAAAUGUGUACUAAGCGCUAAAAGAAAAACAAGUUCUUUUGAAAUUAUGCAACUAUUUUUAUUUACACAAACGUUUGAAGCUUCAAAUUUGAAACUGGUUUCUAGAAAUAUACUCUAAAUGUAACUGGCCAAAGAAAAAUGGUCAGCCCCCUAACUCAUUAGGAAAAAGGAAAAAUAUUCGAUGAAAUUAGUUCAAAGUUUCAACUGUCGACUGAACAAAAAUACAAUAUAAAUUAAUAUAUAUAUAUAUAAAUUAAACAAUUUCAACUUAAUUUAGUUACGACAAUUUUCGCUUUGAUAAUAGUUUGUUAAGCUUCUUAACCAUUAGUUUCAUAAAUGUAAACUACAAAAUAAACAAACCAACAAAUGAAAAACCAACAAGUGGACGACGCACUGCCCCCAGUGAAUGGUUCGAGCGGAUUGAUCCCAACUGGACGGAAAGUAGAUCCCAAAGAUCCCAUUGGAGGUAUCUACUUGGAGUCUCACGGCGCCGCCCGAACCAAUUCGAUUUUAGUUAUGUUUAAUUUGCUCUUAGUUGAUUACAAUGUAAUAUAGUUUAAUUUUCGACUAACUACACCUCUGUCUCUCUCAAUGCUCAUCGCUAUAGACUAUAGACUAUAGCUAAGGUGCAGGACAGGAUUGGUUAUAGAGGAUCAAUUGCUAAGGCCUCGGCUGCCCAGAACAUUAAAUAUGUUUAAGACUGAGUUUUCUCAUUUGACGAUGACGAUUGAUUGAUUGAGGAUAUGCAAUAUAUAAUUCGCACUUCAUUUAGUUGAAAGAACAAAAUUUUGAUGUAGAUUAAGCACUUAAACGAAAUUAAAAAGCGUAUACCGUGUAUGUGUAUUUGAAUGUCUUUUGUCUUCAAUGUUUAGAGCAAAACAAAUGCAUGAAUAUUUAAUCGAAAAACGACGAUGGAGUAGAAAGAAACUCUUCAAGAAAAUUUAAACUGAAGCUAAACUUAAACUUUUCUCUUCGAUUCUCUUAACUGUGCUGCUUUCUUAUGUAUGUAGUUAUUAAUUAAGCAUUAUAUAUAUUAUCCAAUAUAUAUACAUGUAUGGAUUAGCGUAAAAACAAACAAAAAAACAAAACAAAAACCAAUAUGAAUUCAAAACUUUCACGGAGAUCUCAUAGCAAAAACAAAACGAAAUGAAAGAAAAGAAAAGCAUAAUGGCACCAAAAUGCAAAGGCAUCGUGCAGCGAAGUAGAAUUUCUUUUCAACUUUUGUUUAUAACUAAAGUUUUUCUUAACCGUAAACAUUAGAGUACAGUUUGUUUUCCCCUCAUUUGACCAGAGACAACCGCUCGAAUUAAAUUGACAUCAGCAUCGACAUCGACAUCCACAUCAACAUCAUUUACAUCUCUAAGCACAUACUCGUACUCCCCGUAGUGGAACAUAUACAAAUGCGACUACGCAUACGGAUUAGUUAGUUUUCUUUUCGGUUAGGCAUCGUGUACAUAGCAUUAUCUCCACGCCCCCACCAAUAAUUAGACCACACCUCUCUCUAGCACAGUAAGAUGGUUAGUAAGAUGGUACGAUACGAUACGAGUACGAUAAGUAAAUGGACAUGUACAUUAUACUACACGAAUAGCACAACCCCGCGAUUGGAGCAGGUCUGAACUAAAACAUAAUGUAAUUCACACAAGAUAUGGGCCCAUUAUUGGGUGUAUGAUUUGGGGCGACUCUGUCGCCUGUUUGAAAUGAGUUCAUAAGUUAAGAUCAACUGUAACUGUAAACUGCAUUAGUAUUUGACUUGUAAACCGAUUUUAAGGAUCAUUCUUAACUAUAUAUAUUAGAUACGAAUUACGCAUUAAUUUACGUUAAAUGAGAAUAAUACGAAAAAACUGUGUAAACUGUUUGUAUAAAAAAUAAGAACAAAACAAAAAAAGAAGAAAACG